AUGGGGAACUAUCUGCAGAGGGAGAACAGGUGGCAGCAGGAUACUCAAGAGGUGACUUGGAAUCUGAGGCUCCAAAAUGCCAAGCAGAAAAGAGCCAGGAAAAGAAUAUGUAUUUUCAAAACAAGCCAAGAUUCCCAAAAGAAAAGUAAGUCGCUGCCGUUCCAUCAUAUUUACACCGACCCAUCUGCCUACAGUCUGCCUAUGCUAGACAAAGGAACAACAUCUUCUCCCAGCAAGGACAAUGGGAACCAGACCUAUGCGGAUGAGGUGUGCUACGUCCUUAUCAAUCACACAUCCCUUAGGAAGAUAGCAUCGGGGAACUCUGCUGAAGAGGAGGUCACCGGAGAACUCUAUGAGAAUAUCUCCUGCAAGGCGAAUAGGCCCGGAGAGUCUCUGGGAGGCAUUGAGACAGAGUAUUCACUUCUCCGUGUGCCUUCCACCCCAAGACAUCCACCUUACCCAGAAGACGAAUAUGCACUUCUCAUGCCUAGGCCCUCCCCUUCUUCCCUCCGACAGCAACGGCCACGUGUGGCCCCUUUUGAGACUCAGUUUUCCCAUUUACAGUGAAGUGAUUGGACUGCCUUUGUUUAUCACCAGCAGAAAAAGUUGGGGCGGGGCUUUGGCUGAAGAAGCCUGGGGCACAGAGCUCCUAGCUUAUUUCUCUGGGGUCUCAGUAGAGAAUGGCACCCAAACCACAGGGCCUUGCAGAAACUGCUCAACAUCUAGCAUC